AAUUUCUAGUUCUCUCUUACCAGCAACAACGGUCGCAAAUCAUUAUUUCUGACUGGAUACUCUAUUACAGGGGAAAAUGGAUUACCCGCCCACCGGUCGCCGGCCCCGCAAAACCCCAAAGAAAUCCGAUAUUUAUUCUACAGUCGUAGUCCAUGAUUCCGAAUCCGAACCCGAACCCGAACCCAAAACCCAAGCAUACGACAGUGGCAUCUACGCCACAAUGGUCUACAAAGGCGGAGCUGCCCACAACGACAACGACGAAGAAGAUGAAGACUCGCUCCCUUCUCUCUUCAAACGCCUCCCUAAGGACUUCGGCGGCGGCGCUUCUCUUGACGAAGAUGUCGAUGAUGACGACAGUGGCGACUUUGGAACUAUGAUUGUGAAAACCAGUCGGGGUCGGCCCCCGACCCAAUCGUCGUCGUUGUCUUCAUCAAUGGCGUCGACUCUGAGGAAAACAAGACCCUCUCCGUUCGCGGAUUAUAGCAAGAGAAUUGAUGGAGGAGAUGAUAGUGAUGGUGGGGAUGAUGGAGAGGGGUUUGGCACUUUCGUGGUGAAGUCGACGUUGAGCGGGACGGUGUUGAGGAGGACAGGGAGGGUGGAAGCUGGAUCGACGAUGGGAAGGGCGGUGGCAAGCAUGCAGGCCGUGGGGGAUAUAGGAUCUGGAAAGCAGCGGAAAGGGAGUGGAUCGUCUUUGCAGGGAGAGGAGGGUAGGCAGCAGCUGAGUAAAAUGUCAUCGAGCUCGAUUCCAGAUAGUGUUACCAGGGAAGAUCCUACCACGAAGUAUGAAUUGCUUAAUGAACUCGGGAAGGGUUCUUAUGGAGCUGUUUACAAGGCCAGGGAUUUACGGACUUCAGAGCUUGUUGCCAUCAAAGUUAUAUCAUUAACUGAGGGAGAGGAGGGAUAUGAAGAAAUUCGAGGUGAAAUUGAGAUGUUGCAACAGUGUAGCCAUCCUAAUGUUGUUAGAUACUUAGGGAGCUAUCAAGGUGAAGAAUAUCUUUGGAUAGUCAUGGAGUACUGUGGGGGUGGAAGUGUUGCUGACUUGAUGAAUGUUACUGACGAACCUUUGGAGGAGUAUCAAAUAGCAUAUAUAUGUAGAGAAGCACUUAAGGGCCUUGCCUAUUUGCAUUCAAUUUUCAAGGUCCAUAGAGAUAUUAAGGGUGGUAAUAUUUUGUUAACUGACCAAGGGGAGGUCAAGUUGGGGGAUUUUGGGGUUGCAGCGCAGCUUACAAGGACCAUGUCAAAGCGCAACACGUUCAUUGGCACUCCACAUUGGAUGGCUCCAGAAGUUAUCCAAGAAAGUCGUUAUGAUGGAAAGGUGGAUGUAUGGGCUCUUGGUGUUUCUGCAAUUGAAAUGGCUGAGGGACUUCCUCCAAGAUCAACGGUGCAUCCUAUGAGGGUUCUAUUCAUGAUAUCUAUUGAGCCAGCUCCAAUGCUUGAGGAUAAAGAAAAAUGGUCUCUUGUGUUUCAUGAUUUUGUUGCGAAAUGCCUUACAAAGGAACCACGAUUACGUCCAACUGCUUCUGAGAUGCUGAAGCACAAGUUGAUUGAAAAAUGCAAAUGUGGUGCCUCAGCAAUGUUGCCAAAGAUUGAAAAGGCCAGGCAAAUUAGGGCUUCAAUGGCUUUGCAGGCACAAAAUCUUGUUCCAGUUGUAUCAGAACCUCCGGGAGGUUCAAAACUGAAUGAGGAUUAUGGUGAUACUGUUCCAUCAAAGCGACCUCAAAUGGCAGAUGAAAUACCAAGCUCUACAAAUGAUGGGGAACUGGCUGGAGAAGUUGAUUUUGGAACUGUAGUAGUUCAUGAUGGAGAGGAGGCCAACAAGACAGCUAUGCAGACAGAACUCCAUAACAAUAGAGAGCCCUUACUGGAUCUGGGACAUUCUGAAAGCCCUUCGGUUAGUGGCACGGGAGGGAAAUCAGCUGAUGUUUGGUUGGAUGAUGCAAGAGCAGCUGCAAACCACAUUUUGGCUAGAGAAUCACAUAAAAUGCAGAAUAAAAGGGCCUCUUCACUAUCUGGCUCUCCUGCACUGAAUCUCCAGAAUAGCAUACCUCAAUCACAGGUUGGAGGAGGUGGGAUUAUGGGGACGCACACUUUGAAGAAUGAAACUGUCAGCAAAAAAGCUUUUGCAUUACAAGACAAGCUUUGGUCCAUAUAUGCAGCUGGUAAUACGGUACCUAUACCAUUCUUGAAGGCAACAGAUAUAUCCCCAAUUGCUCUCUUGUCAGACAAUGUGCUUGGAGGUGCGCAGUGGAAUAAUGGCGAUGCUCAAGCAGUCGAAACACUGCAAGAGCUUUUUACUGGUGAUGGGCCGUCGAAAAAAGGUCGACGGGUACAAAAUGAGAUGCCCCUUCCUCCAAGUGUCUACGAAAGGCUAACCACAAGUUCUACACUGCUGAAUCUGGCUCAGGCUUUGGCCUAUCACAAAACGUGCUACGAAGAGAUGCCACUCCAAGAGUUGCAGGCAACUCAAGAACAACAGACCAUUCAAAAUCUGUGUGAUACUCUUAGAACCAUCCUCCGUUUGUAAGUAGUUCUCAAAACUCAGAAAAGGGAGAGAGAGCUGCUGCAUUUAUGUACUUUUGUUGGGCACUGAGUGGCGACUUGAAGCUUUUUUAUCUCAUUUGCCGCGCCCAUUUCUGUGUAUAUCAGUUGUUGUAUAAGUUAUAGAUGCCAACUUUUGAUGAGUUCAUGGCAUUUACAAUUUGAUCAAACAUAUGCAAUUGUAGUUGGGAGUUGAUAAAUUUAAUUUCUAGAGUGAAUAAGAGAAAUACAAGAUGUGAAAUUGAAUGUAAA